AUGGCUUCCUCAGCGGCAGCCGGCUUCCUCGGCAGGUCGAGUAGCAAUAACUCAAACAUGCGCGGACUUGUUCAGUUUAUUGCCGACUUACGAAAUGCGCGCGCGCGCGAGUUGGAAGAGAAGAGAAUCAACAAGGAAUUGGCCAACAUCAGGCAAAAGUUCAAAGAUGGCAACUUGAGCGGCUAUCACAAGAAGAAAUAUGUUUGCAAACUACUGUAUAUAUACAUUCUCGGCUGGAACGUCGACUUUGGCCACCUCGAAGCCGUCAACCUCAUCUCCGCCAACAAAUACUCUGAAAAGCAAAUAGGAUACCUGGCAAUGACACUGUUUCUACACGAGAAACAUGAGCUGUUGCAUCUGGUCGUCAACAGCAUCCGGAAAGAUUUACUGGAUCAUAAUGAGCUCUUCAACUGCCUCGCUCUGCACGCAAUCGCAAACGUGGGAGGCAGGGAAAUGGGAGAGGCUCUAAGCGCGGAGGUCCAUAGACUCCUUAUUUCUCCAACAUCCAAGGCAUUUGUGAAGAAGAAGGCAGCUCUCACACUGCUCCGUUUGUACCGCAAGCACCCAGACAUCAUUCAGCCACAAUGGGCAGAGCGAAUAAUAUCGCUCAUGGACGAUCAAGAUCUUGGAGUUGCUCUGUCGGUCACUUCUCUAGUCAUGGCUGUUGCUCAAGACAACCUGGAGCAGUACAGGGGCGCUUACGUCAAGGCAGCGUCGAGGCUCAAACGCCUCCUGGUAGAUGACGACUACACAUCAGACUACCUCUACUACAAGGUACCAUGUCCUUGGUUACAGGUGAAGCUCUUGAGGUUACUCCAGUACUUCCCGCCCUCAGAUGACAGCCACGUUCGCGAGAUGAUUCGGGAAUCGCUGCAGAAGACGUUGAACCUAGCCAUGGAGACCAACAAGAACGUCCAACAGAACAAUGCGCAGAAUGCCGUGCUCUUUGAGGCGAUCAAUCUCAUCAUCCACCUAGACACCGAGCACGCCUUAAUGAAGCAAAUAUCCUCCCGCUUGGGACGCUUCAUUACUUCUAGGGAAACCAACGUCCGGUACCUGGGCUUGGAGGCAAUGACACAUCUGGCAGCUCGGGCAGAGAAUUUGGGCCCCAUCAAACAGCACCAAGAGGUUAUUCUCGGGUCUCUGAAGGAUCGCGAUAUCAGUGUCCGCAGAAAGGGUCUCGAUUUGCUAUAUAGUAUGUGCGAUUCGACCAAUUCCGGACCAAUCGUGUCGGAACUACUGCACUACCUGCAGAAUGCCGACUUCGCGAUCCGAGAGGAAAUGGCUCUGAAGAUUGCCAUUCUCACCGAGAAAUAUGCCACCGACAUCCAGUGGUAUAUCAACGUGUCCCUCAAGCUGGUGGCCGUGGCGGGUGACCACCUAAGCGACGAGGUAUGGCAGCGGGUGAUUCAGAUCGUCACGAACAACGAGGAGCUCCAGGUUUAUGCUGCUCAGAACACGUUGCAGCACGUUAAGCAGGAUCACUGCCACGAGACGCUUGUGAAGAUUGGAGUCUACGUUCUUGGAGAGUUUGGGCAUCUGAUCGCCGAGGAAAAGGGGUGCAGCCCCAUUGAGCAGUUCCUGGCACUACAGGGAAAGCUUCCUGCCUGCUCCUCGAGCACUCGCGCUAUGAUUCUAUCGUCUUUUGUCAAGUUUGUCAACUUGUUUCCCGAAAUCAAGCCACAGCUUCUGCACGUCUUCGACGUCUAUAGCCACACAUUGGACUCGGAGCUUCAACAGAGAGCAUGUGAGUACCUGAUGCUAGCUAGCCAGCCUACGGACGACUUGCUCCGCACCGUUUGCGACGAGAUGCCCCCAUUCCCGGAGCGACAAUCUGCACUUCUGUCAAGACUGCACCAGAAACAUGCCAACACCAGCGACAAGCGGACGUGGGUUGUCGGCGGAAAGGACGCAAAUGCCGAUGCCACAGAAUUGAACAUGGCCAAAAAUCCCGGCCUUAGGAGGACCUUCAGUUCGAACGGCCCGACCAAUGGCAAUGGUUUGGCCAACGGCGCCACAAACGGUGCAAACGGCCACUCCAGCAAUGACCUAGCUGGCCUGGAUAUGAGCGCUGGACCGAACGAACAAAAGCUGUUGAAGGUUCCAAAUCUGGCCAGUGCUGCUCAUUUGUCUCCCGGCUGGGAAGUAGGCUACUACAAAAUGCUGCUUAAAUCCGACGGCAUUCUGUUCGAAGAUGGCCAGUUGCAAGUUGGAAUUCGAUCCGAGUACAGAGGCCAGAUGGCUUGUCUCAUCCUCUACUUCACCAAUAAGACGCCCGCAGCAGUUAGUUCCUUCACGACGACGUUGGACCUGGAUGAGAGCGAGAAGACCAAGCUCACCUGGGACGUCAAGACCAUGCCUGAUAGCUCUAUUGCUCAGGGCCAGCAGACGAGGCAGGUCAUCAUGUUCGAGUCCAAGCGAGUCUUCGACAAGGCACCGACGAUUCGUGUCAGUUAUCUUGCUGGUGCUCUGCAGGCACUUACACUGAAACUGCCGCUCACUGCACACAAAUUCAUGGAUCCCGCCGACCUGACUGCGGAGGAUUUCUUCAAGCGCUGGAAGCAGAUUGGCGGUGCGCCACGCGAGGCACAGCAGAUCUUUGGUCUCGCCGCUAGCAAGGACAGCAGCAUGGAGAUCAACGAGAGCUUCAUCCGUAAGACGGUACAGGGAUUCAGAUGGGGGGUUCUUGACGGCGUCGACCCUAACAGCAAGAACUUUGUGGGAGCUAGUGUGCUGCACACAGCGGAGGGAGGCAAGUUUGGGUGUCUGCUCAGACUGGAACCCAACUACUCAUCACAGAUGAUCCGACUCACGCUCCGGGCGACUGAUGAGAGUGUCCCCGCAGUCCUGCUCAAGCUCAUGGUAGAGCGCUUGGCGGCUGGCAUGUCGACAGCGCCACUGUUGAACGAGGGACCGACCAGGCGGGAGAUAACAGACACGUUUAGCAGUAUCAUGGUGACAUAA